UGGCGCGCCCAGGGCUGCAGCAUGAAAGUUGUCCAGGGCAGUCGCUGUCCAGAGGUGCUGGAAUUACAACAGAGGGACCUGGUGCCAUGUCGCGACUGAUCGUGAAGAACCUCCCGAAUGGGGUGAAGGAGGAGCAGUUCAGGCAGCUCUUCAUCGCCUUCGGUGCGCUGACCGACUGCAGCCUCAAGUUCACCAAAGUUGGCAAGUUUGGCUUCAUCGGCUUCAAGUCCGAGGAGGAGGCCCAGGCUGCGCUGAACCACUUCAACAAGAGUUUUAUCGACACAUCCCGGAUCACAGUAGAGUUCUGCAAGUCCUUUGGGACUGAGCCCCGAGCCUGGAACAAACAUGCCCAGAGACCAAGGCAGCCCGAGCAGCCCUCACAAGGCUCUGUCACCCCGGAAAUUAAGAAGGAUGAUAAGGAGAAAAAGGCCCCACGUGAACUGGAGCAGAAGUGGACACAGGUGGCCACUUGGGCAAAUGAUGCCCUGGACACUGAGCCCCCAAUAGGGAAGAGCAAGCCAACCAGUGACUACCUGAACUUUGACUCCGAUUCUGGGCAGGAGUGUGAGGAGGAGGCUGCUGAGGAGGAGCUGGUAGGCAGCUGCCCAGCGGGGGCUGUCAGACAUGGAGUACCUGAAUCCAAGAUGGUGGCAGCCGAGUCCUCUUCCUCAGAGGAGGAAGAAAGUGAGAACGAAGCUGUAAACUGUGACAGAGGCAGCGAGGAAGAGGAAUCCCCUGCUGCCCCCGACCAAGGAGCAAGGGAGCCCAGGGACCCUGCCUGGGAGGGGGAGGCCGCAGGAGCCCUGAGCCCGGACAGAGAAACCAGCAAACCAGAAGGAACCCACCAUGGCCCACACCGUGAACCUAUGGGGAGCCCCGUUCAGUGUCACAGAGGGUACGUCUUCAUGGAUUUCAGCAGCGAAGAGGAGGUGAAGAGAGCCCUGAAGUGCAACCGGGAGUACAUGGGUGGGCGCUUCAUCAAGGUGUUCAGGGAGAAGCAAGUCCCUAUAGCCAAGGGGCCCCUGCAGAAGAGCGCACAGCCAUGGCAAGGCUGGACACUCCGGGAGAACAAGGAGGAGAAGGACGUGGCCAGCUCUGGAAGACUCUUUGUGCAUAACCUGCCCUACACGAGCACCGAGGAGGAUCUGGAGAAGCUCUUCUCCACCUAUGGUCCCCUGUCAGAGCUCCAGUACCCCAUUGACAGCCUGACCAGGAAGCCCAAGGGCUUCGCCUUUGUCACCUUCAUGUUCCCUGAGCACGCGGUGAAGGCCUACGCGGCCGUGGACUGACAGGUGUUCCAGGGCAGGAUGCUGCAUGUGCUGCCUUCCACCAUCAGGAAGGAAGCCAGUGAGGACACAGACGUCCCCGGCUCGUCCUACAAGAAGAAGAAGGCGUCUGAGGACAAAGCCCACAGCUCCAGUUCCCACAACUGGAACACGCUGUUCAUGGGGCCCAAUGCCGUGGCCGAUGCCAUCACACAGAAGUACAGUGCCACCAAGAGCCAAGUGUUCGACCAUAAGACCAAGGACAGCGUGGCCGUGCGCGGCCCUCUGGGAGACUCAGCGCUGGUCCAAGAAGUGCAGCACUUCCUCAUCGACAACGGCAUCAGCCUGGACUCUUUCAGCCAGGCGGCAGCAGAACGAAGCAAGACUGUGAUUCUGGCCAAGAACCUCCCGGCAGGCACCCUGGCGGCCGAGCUGCAGGAGACCUUCAGCUGUUUUGGGAGCCUGGGCCGCGUGCUGCUGCCCGAGGGUGGCGUCACUGCCAUCGUGGAGUUCCUGGAGCCCCUGGAGGCCCGCAAGGCUUUCCGACACCUGGCCUAUUCCAAGUUCCACCAUGUCCCCCUGUAUCUCGAGUGGGCUCCAGUUGGCGUCUUCUCCAGCACAGCCCCUCAGGGGAAAGAGCCCAAGAAGCAUCUGUGGGAGAGAACAUGGUGGAGCCAGAAACCGGCAAGAACAGGUCAAUGUCGUGGGCAGGCUGGCGAGGGGUGGGCAGAGAGCCAGGAGCAGUUCAGCAGACCGCUGCUUUACGGCUUUGUUCAUCCACAGACCAGCGGGUCUCGGUCUCUGAUUAUGCAGGUGUUAAAACAUCCCUGAAAAACAGCAUCAGAGCCGGGUGAAGGGGCCCACGCCUGUCACCCCAGCAGCUCAGGAGGCUGAGGCAGGAGGAUCCUGAGUUCAGAGGCAGCCUCAGUGAGACCCUGUCUCUAAAUACAUGCAAAAUAGGGCUGGGCUGGGGCUCAGUGGUGAAACACCCCUGAAUGCAUUUCCUGGUACCAUAAAAAAAGAGAUCAGAAUCACGAGUGCACCGUAAUGUAGCAUAUUUUUAGUUUGUCACCUAAUGGUUAAGGGAAGAAAACCUAGAUCUCUUCAUACCCAGAAGAGCCCAUGAAAGCCCAGAGCUCCAUUGGUGGCUGAGGGUUUGGGGAGCCUGUUCUGGAGUGGCUCAGUGCCCUCUGAUGUCCAGCGACUGCCCAGGCAGGAAAGGAAAGACCAAUGUGUGUCCCCAGCCACAGGGGUGCCAGCCCCCUGGGUACCCCCUCACAGUGGGGCAUUUGAGGCAGGAUGAGGUUUUCCUUCAGGACUGUGGUGCACACUGCAGGUCAUGGCUUGGCCCUGGCCCUCGCCCGUCAGGAUGCCAAAACCUGAGACCCUCCCCGUCCCCCAGCUGCCCCUAGGAGACAGGCAGCUUCCCAUGGAACCACGUAGUCUGGAGACCACGACCACGUCUUAGAAUAGACACCUGGAGGGAGGUUCUGAGGACUGGGUUGUUUGACCCAGAUGUUCAGAUUUUACCUUCGGCCCACCCCCGCCACACAGGGCUUCCAGUUGCUCAGUUUACUAGGAUAAGGAUUUUCCUCUUAAAGAUAGACUGUCUCUUGUUUACCACCCUCGUUGUUCUAAUAUAUUUACAAAAAAUUAAAGUGUUUUACGGUUUGGAAAAAAAAAGUAGAGGAGGAGUCGUCUCUGGUCAGCCAGUGUCGGUUGGAUUCUGCGGCCUUCUCUGAGCACAGGCCUUCCGCCAUGCCUGCGGCUCAUGUCCGCUCCCCGUGGGUCUUCAGGACUGGCCGUCUGUGCCGCGUGAGGUGACCACCCCUCGCGGCUGGCUGCUGCCUGAGUUUGUUCCCACCAGAGGGUCCACUCCACAGCAGCAUCUGCCUUGCUGACCACAGCACCCUGCGGAGUGCCAGGCCCCGGGAGUGACAGAGGGCAGAGUGGCACCUGCUCCCUGCCUGCUGGCCUGCCCUCCACGUCCUUCCACUCAGGAGCCACUGCUGG